UUGGGUCAUAUGAUCGAUCGCCUACGUCCGCUGGUUUUCUCCCGGCUGGCGUCACCUCACCCCCCCUACCCCCGUAAAUCCUAAACAAACGAACAUGGCGGAUUUUGAAGAGCGGCGGAGCCUGUUGGAAGAUGAGGACAGGGGGUCGUUCACCGGCAGACAGGCAGCCAGGGGACCCGGCAGACCACUGCCGGCCAUCUGCGACCCCAGCCACCUCCUGCACCGAGUGGUUGUCCUGAUAUUUAUGUGCUUCCUGGGAUUCGGAAGCUACUUCUGUUAUGACAACCCAGCUGCACUUCAGACUCAAGUCCUUCAGGAUAUGAACCUGAACACUGCAAAGUUCAUGCAGCUAUAUGCCUGGUACUCCUGGCCCAAUGUGGUUCUCUGCUUCUUUGGGGGAUUCCUGCUGGACAGGGUCUUUGGUAUCAGGCUGGGAACCAUCAUCUUUUCCCUGUUUGUCUGUGUUGGACAGGUAAUAUUUGCUGCUGGAGCUUUAUUAAAUCGUUUCUGGCUGAUGGAAGUUGGACGUUUUGUGUUUGGUAUUGGAGGAGAGUCAUUGGCUGUGGCCCAGAACACCUAUGCAGUCAACUGGUUUAAAGGAAAGGAGCUCAAUCUGGUGUUUGGCCUUCAGCUGAGCAUGGCCCGCCUGGGCAGCACAGUGAACAUGAACAUCAUGGGCUGGGUGUACAACAGAGUCGCUGAUGUUGUUGGCUCUUCUGGAUACAUCACACUCGGCGCAUCACUCAUGAUAGCUGCGGUAACCUGCUUAUUCUCAUUGAUCUGUGCCUUGGUGUUGGCAUUCCUUGACAAAAGAGCAGAGAAAAUCCUUCACAAGGAGCAGGGAAAAACAGGUGAGGUGAUCAAGCUGACAGACGUAAAAGACUUCCCCCUCCCCCUGUGGAUCAUCUUCAUCAUAUGUGUGGGUUACUACGUGGCCAUCUUCCCUUUUAUUGGACUGGGACAGGUAUUCUUCAUUGAAAAAUUCAACUUUUCCCCAGCUGAAGCCAGAGCUGUCAACAGUAUCGUGUACAUCAUCUCAGCCCCCGCAUCUCCAGUUUUAGGCUUCCUGGUUGACAAGACAGGGAGGAAUGUGAUUUGGGUAAUAUGUGCCGUGGUCACCACACUCGCCGCUCACAUGAUACUGGCCUUCACCUUCUGGAACCCAUGGAUCGGCAUGUCGCUGCUGGGUGUCUCCUACUCCUUACUGGCCUGUGCACUGUGGCCCAUGGUGGCCUUUGUGGUGCCUGAGCAUCAACUGGGGACAGCUUAUGGCUUCAUGCAGUCCAUCCAGAACCUGGGACUUGCUCUCAUCGCCAUGGCAGCAGGAGCCAUACUAGACACCAGAGGAUACCUGUUUUUGGAAGUGUUUUUCUGCGCCUGCAUCUGCAUUGCACUGAUGGCAGUGGUGAUGCUGUACUUUGUGGAUUAUCUCAGAGGAGGAGAUUUGAACCGGUCAGCCUCAGACAGAGCCAAGCUCCUUAAAGAAGCCACUUCAGACGCAGAAUGAUGAUGAUGAUGAGGGAACACACAUGGUCCUGGGCUUCAGAGCCAGCAGGCUGCACUGUCCACCCCAGAGCUGUCAAUCAUCUGCCAUGGGGCGGGACUGCACUACUGACUCCGCCCAGUGCUGUCAUCUGUGGCUCUUCCCAGCACAACUGACUGUCUGGCCCCGGCUAUUACAUAACCAACCGUGUAUUAAUAGCUGAUUACAUCCCAAUCAACACACUGACAAAUGACUCCACAGUUACUGACAUCUCCUCCAAUAUUUACUCUCCACUGACACCUGCGUGCAUCAAACUUCAGCAUGAAGUUUCUUCAGUUACAGAAGAAAGUUUAGUUGCUUGAAAAUUGUUUUAAAACAUUUUAAAUGUCUGAACUGUCUGACAGAGAUGACUUCUGUCAUGUGAAAAGGUGCCUAUAUCCCUGAUUAAUAGUGUAGUAGAUUUGAUUACACAGGAAUGCAACUCUCAAUAUAGGAUUCCUAUAUUAAUUCAAUUGUUUUAUAUGUAUAUAGAGGUAACUUUUGUGGGUAUUUUUAAAUGUUUUUUAUAUGUUUUUCUUUAUACAAAUGGUUUUCAGCUAGAGUCUGUUAUUUCCCUUAUUGCAGACAACUCAGCAGUACAUCUAUGUACAUAUCAUUUGUUAGAAUUCACAAUAAUUGCCAACCAAAAUCUCCCUUCCUGGUCUCUCCUUAGGCAGAGUGCGUUUAUAUUCAGUUUUAAUCACAUGCGCUAUUGACCUUUUAUGGUGGAUAAUCUCAAAAAGAGCAUAGCUCUUUAAUGUUUAAAUCUUUAUUGCUCAAUUCUUUCAUUUCUUAAUUCCUUUAUCUGCUCUUCGCUGGUUUCGGAGGUUCAUAAAAAUUUAUUUUUUUUCGCAUCAUCAAAUGCUACAUUACUAUAAUGAUAAGAUGGAUAAGAAAAAGAGAAAGGCACACUUUUGGCUGCAUUUAUCCAUGUAAUGUUAUUCACAGUUUCAAAUUUUUAAAAACUCUUUUAUUAAUGUGACCUUUUGAAGAAUCAGUUCCACAUAUAAAUUAUGUUUUGUGGGCUGUUUUGCUCUUUUAUCACGUUCAGGUAAUUAACUUAUUUUAAGCGCUGCCCCUAAUUGUUGCCUGCCUCAUCUGAAUGGUGCAACAAAAUAUUCAUGCACUCUGCUUAAUUCUCAUCAUUCCAGUAAUACGGGGAGAGAUUUGUCUUCCUGUGUUAUCAGGGUCAUACACUGUGGAUGAUAAACAUUCACUACCUCAGUUGGGCAAAUUAGUCUUCUUGAAAAUGUUAAAGAAAAAGCCCAACACCUGUAAGGAAAUGGUCAGUAGGGUAACAUUAAAAUGUUGUGAUUGCACAUUAAAAUAACCACUGUGUCACACAGCUAGAAACAUGCUGCUCUCUUCACGUGUCACUCAUUUGCUCCGUGGUGUUGAGACCGAAGUUCAGUCUUUGCUUAACUGAGAAUAUUUGUGUUAAACUAACUGUCAUCGAGCUGUGUACAAGAACUAAUGUAUUUAAGAAAUUACAGAAGAUAAAUUGUGUCAUCAAACAAAGUAAAAUUGGAUGUAAAGUCACUUAAAUAAUCACCUGCAGUCUUCUGUAAAACCAAAUCACAUUUGAUACUUGACUGUUUCUGGAACAAUGACAUUCCAUUAAAAGCAAUUUAUUUGAAGACAUUUGAAA